AUGAUUAAAGUUCUCUUUUGGAAUUCUAGAGGUGCAGGAAGUGAGAAAUUUAGAUCUGAUAUUGCAGAUCUUGUUAAAUUACAUUCAAUUGAUAUUUUGGCUGUUUGUGAACCCCGUGUCCAAUUUUCUAAAGCCAAAGAUUCUCUCUUAUCUCUUGGAUUCACUGAUUAUAUCAUUGUUGAAGCCAAUGGAUUUUCUGGUGGUAUUUGGCUCUUUUGGAAAUCUAAUCUCUUGAAGGUCCAUUUUGUGGAUAAAAAUUGUCAAUCAAUAACAGUUAGAGUGACUCUCCCUGGGGGUAUCACUUGGAUGCUUACUGUGCUUUAUGCUAGUCCUACUAACUCUGUUAGAAGCAGCCUAUGGAAUUAUUUUGAUCACCUGGUUUCAACACAUCAGUUGCCUUGGAUUUUUAUUGGUGAUUAUAAUGAGCUUUAUUCCUCUGCUGACAAAAACUUUGGCUCUACCCGUGGAAGAAUUAGAGGGCUUAAGCAAUGGGUUGAUCAUAAUGCUUUAAUUGAUAUGGGAUUUAUUGGGUCCAAAUUUACUUGGUCUAAUAACAGAAUUAAAGAAAGACUUGACAGAGCUUUUUGCACCUGUGAUUGGAGAUCUUACUUUCCUGAAGCUUUUAUUAGACAUUUGGCUAAAAUGAAAUCUGAUCAUUGUCCUAUUCUUUUACAGCUUCAUUCUAAUAAUUCUGUGAAUAGAGCUGCUAUCCCCUUCAGAUUUCAGGCUAUGUGGAUGACACAUAAUGAUUUUGCCCCUUAUGUUGAUAAUACCUGGAAAAACUCCCAUGGUUCUUUUGUUGAAAAAACUCAAGCACUAUCACAUGCUCUCCUGGACUGGAAUCACAAUACUUUUGGCAAUGUCUUCAAAAAAAAGAGACAAUUGCUUGCCCGCAUUGGUGGAAUCCAGAAAGCUACUGACAUGUAUAACAAUCCCUUUCUUCUCAAACUUGAAGCUAAGCUUUUGAUUGAGUAUGAAACUUUGAGAGAUCAGGAAAAUCUUCUUUGGAAACAAAAAUCGAGAAACAAUUGGUUACAAGGAGGUGAUAGAAAUACCAAAUUUUUUCACUUGAGUACUCUUGUGAGAAGGCGGAGAAAUAAAAUUGAGGGAUUAUUUGAUGAAAAUGGGGUUUGGCAAACUGAAACAAAUUCUUUAAAGAAUAUUGUUGUUGCUUUCUUUCAAAAGCUUUUCUCCAGCUCCAUCACAUAUGAUUCUAGUUUUGUUAUUCCUUGGCUUUUUCCCCUUCUUGAGUCUGAUGAGCUGAAUGAUUUAUGUCUUCCAAUCAAUAUGUGUGAGGUUAAAACUGCCAUGUUCUCAAUUGGAUGA